AUGAUGUAUGUUGCAGGGAUUGGUCUUUCAUGGCAUUUUUUUGGACUAAUCCUCGAGACCAAUUUGCUGACAUCUACAGGCUCGCAGAAGAUUUCGAAGUUGGUGGACUGUCCAGGAAUGAAGACAACACCACCACCUUGCUUACUCUCUCAAGUGGCAUGGACAGUCAGCAUGCUACUCACGAAAUUGAACCUUGUUGUCUGUUGUGAUAGAAGUGAUGCUGGACAGCAAAGCUGGAUGAAUCACUCACAGACUGUCCCUACUUGCUUUGGCCAGAAAACUGGACAACUUUUUAGCCCUAACUCAGUGCUUUCUGAGAAUGAUUCAAGCUGCAUGCAAGGCAUCAACUGCAUGUCUUGUGGGAUUUAUCCAAGAUCAAGAAUGCCAAUCAUGCAAGGUGAUGCUGGUGACGCUGCAAAGAUAUUUUGUCAGUUGUCUGGCUAUGGUGAGUUGUGA